AUCAUUUUUUUUUACAUUGUGUGGAGGCAGUUAGAAAGAUUACUUGGUAUCUUUAGACACUUUGUCGUAAGUCGGAGAGAGAUAAUCGUGUUUUUAAACCGGCCUCACGGCUUGGUGAGUGAUCGUUAGCGAUGCUGAGACUCGGGAACAGAGGGAGGGAAUGACAAACAAACGGUGUCCGGGGAGAACAAGCAGCUGUGAGGGGCAACAGAGGAGGCAAAUCCCGGAACUUGAACCGACAGCAGCUAACGUUAGUUAGCUUUUUGUUGACAGCGCUGUCAAACUCAGUUCAACCAACUCCACUUAGUCUCUAAGAUUUCUAGUUGGACUCGACUAUUUCUAGUGGAAGUUCUUUCUCUUUCUUUUUAAAAACCACUUGUUGGAUCUUUGUUGGAGGAAUGGCAUCAAGAGGAGGCUUCACGGGUCCUCCGCCGCCGCCGCCGAUGAAUCCGAACGUUCACCCCAUGAAUGUCGCUCACGCCGCGGGCAUGAGGAUGGCAGGCAUGCCGCAGCCUCCCGGAGGGUACCCCCGCAGCAUGAACAACGCGCCCCAGUACCCACAGCGCUCAGGGAUGCCGCCCAACAGAGUGGGGGGCCCCUUGGGGUCAAUGGGGGGUCAGAUGCCUGGUCCUUCUUACGGCGGUGGGAACAUGUCUAUGCGGCCAGGCAUGGGGCCUCCAAGCAUGGACGCCUCGAGGAAGCGGUUCCUUCAUCAGCAGCAUCAACAGCAGCAGCAAGAGGCACUGGGAGGCCUCAGGCGAGGGGCAAAAAGACGCAAGAUGGCUGACAAGGUUCUCCCGCAGAGGAUCCGAGACCUGGUCCCAGAGUCCCAAGCCUACAUGGAUCUCUUGGCCUUUGAGAGGAAACUGGAUCAGACCAUCGCCCGAAAGCGCAUGGAGAUUCAAGAAGCCAUCAAGAAGCCCAUUAUGCAAAAACGCAAGCUCAGGAUCUACAUUUCGAACACGUACACCCCCAGCAAGCCCGAAGGCGAGGAGGCAGAGAAGGUGUCCUCGUGGGAACUGAGAGUGGAGGGCAAACUUCUGGAGGAACCUGGCAAGCAAAAGAAGAAGUUCUCAUCUUUCUUCAAGAGCCUGGUGAUCGAGCUCGAUAAGGAGCUCUAUGGACCUGACAACCACUUAGUAGAGUGGCAUAGAAUGCCCACAACUCAGGAGACUGACGGUUUCCAGGUGAAAAGGCCCGGCGACGUGAAUGUUAAAUGCACUCUUCUGCUCAUGCUGGACCACCAGCCACCUCAGUACAAACUGGACCCGCGCUUGGCUCGUCUGCUGGGUGUCCACACACAGACGCGGGCCAGCAUCAUGCAAGCUCUCUGGCUCUACAUCAAGAACAACAAGCUGCAGGAUAGUCACGAGAAGGAGUACAUCAACUGCAACCGGUACUUCAGACAGAUCUUUGGCUGUCCUCGCAUGAGGUUCUCUGAAAUCCCCAUGAAACUGGCGGGUCUGCUGCAGCACCCUGACCCCAUCAUUAUCAAUCACAUGAUUAGCGUGGACCCCACCGAUCAGAAAAAGACGGCCUGCUAUGACAUUGAUGUGGAGGUGGAUGACCCACUGAAGGGCCAAAUGAACAGUUUCCUGUCCUCUACAACCAACCAACAGGAGAUUGCUGCACUGGAGAGUAAGAUUCAUGAGACGAUUGAGUACAUCAACCAGCUGAAGACUGAGAGAGACUUCAUGCUGAGCUUCAGCAAUAAUCCACAGGACUUCAUCCAGGACUGGCUCAAGUCUCAAAGCAGAGAUCUCAAGCUCAUGACAGAUGUGACUGGAAACCCAGAGGAGGAGAGGAGGACCGAGUUCUACCAGGCGCCCUGGGUACCGGAGGCAGUGGGCAGAUACGUUUACUCAAGAGUGCAGCAGAGAAGACAAGAGUUGGAGCAGGUGUUGGGUAUCCGACUCACCUAAAGAUAUAUUCCAGAGGAGCCAACUUGAGCUCAUGUUGCAGCUUGAAUGUUCACAAAGCCAUCCUCACAGGCAUGGUCUGAACCAUCGCUAUAACCAGCUUCUGAAGUGGGAUAUUUAUAUUUUCUGUCCCAUAAAUAAUAAUUCUUAAAUCUACAAAGUAUAUGGGACCAAAGUGAUGAUGUCCUUUUUUUUUUUUAAUAAUAACUUAGCCUUGCAUUGGGCUUUCAUUUUGAGCCUGUUCAAAUAAUCUUUGCCUUGUUUUGCAAUAUAUUUUUUUCAUAUAUGGUACAAUAUGCUUAAAACAUUUUAAGCAUCGGUGCUGUUCCGGGUGUGUUUUCACUGUCAUGUUGUUUGCUUUUUUUUUUUUUUUGAAAGGGUGUCUGUUUACCUUUGCAUUUGAAAAGCCAUAAUCUUUAGAAAGCAACAAUACCUGAUGUCUGGUAACAUCUUAACAAAAUAAGAAUUGGUAGGCAUGUACAUAUGUGUAUGUA